ACGAUGAAGCGACCUUGCGAGGAAACUACCUCAGACAGCGACAUGGACGAGACUAUAGACGUGGGGAGUGAGAACAACUACUCGGGGCAAAGUAAUAGUUCUGUCAUUCGAUCAAAUUCCCCAACAACGACAUCUCAGAUUAUGGCCAGAAAGAAAAGAAGAGGGAUUAUAGAGAAAAGGCGCCGUGAUCGUAUAAAUAACAGUCUAUCAGAGCUGAGGCGGCUUGUGCCAACUGCUUUUGAAAAACAAGGAUCUGCCAAAUUGGAAAAAGCGGAAAUAUUGCAAAUGACAGUGGAUCAUCUGAAGAUGCUGCAGGCGACGGGAGGUAAAGGUUAUUUUGACGCUCAUUCCCUGGCCAUGGAUUUCAUGAGCAUUGGCUUCCGGGAGUGCUUGACAGAAGUUGCGAGGUACCUGACUUCAGUGGAAGGUCUUGACACAUCCGACCCCCUGCGCGUGAGACUCGUGUCGCACCUGAGCACCUGUGCCUCGCAGAGGGAAGCCGCCGCCAUGACCUCCUCAAUGGCCCAUCACCACCACCCCUUGCACCCUCACCACUGGGCAGCUGCCUUUCACCACCUCCCAGCCGCUUUGCUGCAGCCGAACGGACUCCACGCCUCCGACGCUGCGCCGUGCAGACUCUCCUCGGACGUGCCCCCCCAUGGCUCGGCCCUCCCUCCGUUGGCCGCAUCAGCCACUGCCAGCCCUCAGCAGGCUGGCAGCGGGGGCACCACUAAACCAUACCGACCCUGGGGGACUGAAGUUGGAGCCUUUUAA